AUGCCUAGUCGCUUUGGGCCCAAAUUUUUCAUGAUCAAUUUUCGGGUACAUGAGACUGUUGUGUUCCUGGGCAAAUUCCGCAGAUACAACAGGAUGAAGCCGCAACAAGAUGCCGCGCGAAAAUCAUGCGAGCCGCAGAGUCCGUCAGCAGAACUCGAUAUUCCAGAAGAGCAAUCUGGUUAUGCUGGAGCACCCAUACCGGAAGACUUGCCUGAGCUGACGCCUUCCGCCGAGAAGAAAAGUCCCAUGCGCAGCAUUCUGAAACCUUUGCGCAGCGGCCAUGUCACAACAGAGUCUAUGAUGCAAUCACGUUCGCAACAUGGUCGUCAUGUCUCCUGGGGAGAGGAACAAUACCAAGACAUUGAAUGGAUUGGUCGCAAGCACGUCAAACACACGAUGCAUCAAGGACUUCAUGCAUACAGGAAAAAGCGCUUGCUUCUACAUUACAUUCUGCACAAGGAUGCCGAGGUUUACCAGGCAAAGCUUAUAUCGGAUAUACGCUUCAUCGACGACAUGACAUGUGAAGAAGCCAGGGCAGUAGUCGGCCAUGCAUACAAAGCUUCAGAAGAUUUCGAAGAGCACUUCAAAGGCGUGGUCGCAACUCCUGACGCGAAGAAAGAUACAGAGUCGCUGGAGCUAUACCAUGCAGUUCUUAUGAUGUUAAAUCGAGACGACGCAAUCUAUCAUGCUGACAUCGCGCUUGAGAUGGUUUUGAAAGCUUCCGACAUUCCUGCUGGGCCCGAGUUCAAACACAACCUUGUCGUCAACGCUGCUUCGAAACUCGACUUCAAGGCAGAGCUAGAAUCUGCAGAACAGCUUCUACGGUCUCUCAAUGGCGGUGAAAGGACCAACGUCUGUUGGAAUCGACUGACACAAGGUGGCGAAGGACAGAGGAUCUGGAUGGAAAAUCCUGAUUACGAGGAAGUGAUUGAAGAAGUGAUCGAGGAAGUCACACCCGAGCCGAUUGAGGUAGUAGACGGAGAUCUAGGUGUUCUUGCUCAAGAUACAGCCAAACUCCAUGUUGACUGUAUAGACGCUAUCUCGACAUCAACUCGUCAGGCGUGA